CAAAAACCUCCGCGUGAGGCUGGCGCGGGAGUCAAAGGCAAGGAAGGAGGAGGAGGAGGUUAUUGUUGUCUCGCUUGAUCGGAGCCCGGCUUGGAGAUGAGUGAACGUUGCGCUUGGUUCCCACUCUGGCGGGCGCCUGCAAGUUGGGGAGACCGCGUGGAACUGGUCUGACCUUGGAGGCUUGCAAUGAAAGCGUAUGUAGUCGGAGAGAACUGCCUGGAUUUGAUCCGAACCGGCGCAGCCCGAGCAGAACCGACGUCGACUACAGAAAGAACCAAGCCAAGCUCUACUGGCGCGGUGGUUUGGGGGGGAAAGACCGGAAAGUAGCCUCUGGCUGGACUCUGCAGGUGAGCCAAGCCACCCAGAGCCAAUCUGGUCCAAGAGAGGAAUUCUCCCAAUAGAUCCGAAUCAGAAAAAGAGCGAAACGCACCAGGCAUGAGCGUGAGAGCAAAGCACAAUAGGCAGCCCAGGCUGAGAGCGGGCAGGAGGUAAGCGGGAAGGACUCUCGGGAGCAGGGCACCCCACCCCAAGCUCAGCCCAAGCAAAGCAGGACGGGAGCAAGACUCAACCAAGAGCGGGCUGCAUGGGCUCCGGCUUGUGGGGCGAGCGCUGAAGGAGUCCGGUUGGAAAAGACGGGAUCCCACCUGCAAGUCCGUCCGGGCACCAACGCCGCCUUGGAGAUGACCCAGUCCAGCGAGACCCAGACACACACGCCCACCACCAGUGUGCCCAUGGACAGUAAUGUGGUGGCCAUCAUCAUAGCGACCACAGUUUCUUCCUCUGUGUUCAUCAUAGCCAUUUUGGUGCUGCUGCUGCUUUUGUACCACCGAGACCCUUUGUGCUGCCAGUUUCUCUGCUCUUGCCGUUUCUUCCAGAACCCCAGUCAAUACGACUGUCCCCCUCCAUAUUUCAGUAGCAGCCAACGACUGGUGGGCUCUCAGUCUGGAGCACAACACCUGGAGACAAGCACUGCUGAAAACCCUGGCAUGCAGGGUGAUGAGCUGUUCUGUGUUGGACCCCCCAGUAGCUACCAGCUUCCUCCAUGGGAGCAGCCACGGCUACCAAGCUAUGAAAGUGUGCGAAAGAAGGAUCGGCAACGAGAAAUUCACCACAUGAUUGCCGAAAGGUUUGGCUUGUGGGCUGAAGUCUCCCAAGAGUUACCACCUCCCUAUGAGCAGGCCCUGCAGUAUCCUGCAGCCUUAUCAGGAACGGAUAUGGGUUCAGAGUUGUCAGCUGGACACAGCUUGCCGGACAUGCUUCAAGCUUCACCCACAUACACAAUGCAAAGAAACACAUCAGUAUAGGUUAGACAUUGAGCCCCCUCAACAGAUGUGGCAAUUUGGGACACAAUUUCUAUAGUGCCAUCUGCCACGCCCUUUUUUCUUCUCGUCCAAACUCUCUCUACAGCUACCACAUUGUCCACUUACUAUUUCCCCGGCACCAAGAAUGAACACUUGAAGCUCUCCUGUUCUAUUUGGAUGUGAACCUGAGGACGGCUGGACAGUGGAAACUAUGACCUGGGAAUUUUUUCUUAUUUUUACUUUUGAUAGUAUCCGAGACUGGAGGAAUCUGUGCCAGGAAGGUCUAGAGAUGCAUUGAAUCCUUUAGUGCAGCAAAGAAGGCUGGAAUCAUUGAACUCAGGGGAACAUUUUUGCCAUAGGAACUUAUAAGAUGCAUAGGACCAUUGCAGGAAUUUCAUUUCAGUACCUGGUCAAAUACUGAAAAAAGCUACUGAGAUGCUCCACCUUGAGAGAAACUUAAACUUUCUGACCAAAGAGUUCUUCCCUUUGUGUGAGAAAGCGUUGCCCAGACUUCCAGAGUAUUAACCUUACAGAGAGAAUGGCCUACUGAAUUUUUGGUCUCCUUGACAGCAAUCAACACAGCAGGAAUGGGUGCUUCAAAAGACAGAAUGAGGCACUGGAGGCAUUGUGGUGGGAUUCUUCUUUUUCAUCUUUUCAACUGCUGGGCAGUUUUGUGAAGUCAAACAAGAUGAAUGGAUCAGCAGAGGACAGAAUCCGGAGCUUCUGCAGCAACCAUCUCAGAUCUCAGAGUCCACACUAUCUGAAGUUUAGGGCCAAGCCAUAUCAGAAAAAGGGUGAUGAGCAGAGACUUGGAAUUUCCCCCCGGAGGGGAGUAAGGUGGCAAGAGCUAUCUUUCUUCAUUCCUAUUGUUGGUUACUCUCCUUGAUUGUUUAUCACUUGGAGCUCAGACAAUCUUGUUAAGCUUUAAUCUGAUUUUUAUUAUUUGGAUUUUUAUUUGGCUAAUAAGCUUUGGAAAUGUUCCUAAUGCCAUCAUUCUAAACAAUCUGAUCAAGAAAGAAGUGCCAGUGUUAAGUGACCAAAACCUUUUUUUUGGUAUUGGAUUUUUUUUAUUCCUUUCUGUUGAAUCGGCAAAGCUCAGGAACAGAUCUAUGAAGUUGCAUCUGGGUUCCAUCCUUUUGUGAUUAGUGGAGGUGUCACAUUACAGAGGUUCAAGAGAAGGGAAGGCAGUUUUUGGUACAUUAUCUCAGCAGUUGAGCUGUAAAGCUCCCUUCCCUUUCCUGAACUAUGUGAUGCCACUUUAAAAAUGGCUUUCUUUUGACCAGCAAAAUUUUGCAGCUUCAGCUCCUGCUCUGAAGGAUGAGCUUUAACCAAGGUUUUACAGCAGUACCAACCAAUUGCUUUGCUGUAGAUAAUAAAAGAGAGCAAGGAAUAGCUGUAGCCAGAGAGUGCACACGACUGAGGCUUGCCUCCAAUUUGUUAUAAUAGAGAGUCCUUCAGUCUAGGUUUUUGCCUACAACUCCCAUCACCCCCACCUAGCAUGAUCAAUUGUAAGGGAUUGUGGGAGUUGUGGUGCAAAAACUUAGUAGCGCACCUCUGCCUUAAAGAAAAAAAUUACCAUUGGCUGGAACAAUUUAGUACUCUCAAUGCAAUAGUUGGGUCUAGCCAUAGCUAUCAAAAACAGCAUGAAAAUCAAUCUUUCUGCGUUUUUUGUACAUUUAAUUGUAUACAGACUCUCUCACCCAUACGUCCUGAUUAUUAUCAGAAAGACUGGUCUUUGGUGGGUAUUAUUAGAGCUCUGUGUGUGUGUAAUGUAUGCCUUCAAUUCACCUGCUGACUUAGGGGUGUCAAAAGCAUUUUCAUUGAGGGCCACAUCAGUCUCAUGGUUGCCUUCAAAGGACCAUUGAAUCCAUGGACGGAGAAUACAGAGAGCCAAACAUAGGGGUUUUUUUACAUAGUGUUCGGUGCUCUUUGGUUUUUACAGUUUGGGUGCCAAGAUGUUAUUGUAGGGCAACUCCCAUGUUUUAUUAUCUGCCAUUCAGAGUAGAGAUAAUGGGAACUGCAACCCAACAGCAUUUGAGACUUCUUCUUUUGAGAAAGGAUUAAAGGACAUUUUAAUGACAGACAUCAUAUCCACAAGCCUUCCAUCUAAAUUAAGUUCUGACUAAACAGAGCAAACUGCAGCCUUUCAGAUGUUCCUGAAUCACAACUCCCAUAAUUUCUAAUUAAUAUAUAACGAUGAAGAAUACAGGGAUUGUAGUUCAGCAUCUGGAGGGCCACAUAAAAUGAGAUGGCAGGAUGCAUUCGGCCUGCAAGCCCUCAGUUUGACACAUAUGACUUACAGCAACCCUAUGAAUGUCACAGGGUUUAUUAAGGCAAUAUCUAGAAAUGCCGAGUACAGUAUUUCAAAAAGAUGGACCUAAUUUGAAGUGUAUUUCUGCAAUCAUGAACCACCCAUGAAUGAAACUGUUACCACUUGAGAAGGUGGGAAACAGAGUUUCAAAGGGUUCCCACUGGAUGCAUCUCCCAACACAUAGCCAGCCCUUGGCCUGUCAUUUGCAAGAUGACCACCUGCAACAUAAGGCCCAAUGAGAUAUUCUUCAUUUGCGGGGUUAUUGUUCAGAUUUGUUUCUGGCUCAAAAUUUUUAGUAAAAUGUGAUAACUUGAUAAUUCAUUAAAAUGUUUGUACCUUUUUGUGUAAUUGUACCAUGUUGCCACUGUGAAAUAUACUGCUUUGAAAUUGGGUCCAUCAUUUUGAAAUACCAUGUAGUUUUUCCAGUUCCUUGCUCUGAAGUAUAGCUUACACCACCUGACCAUUGUUAGCAGUCUCCCAUCCAAUUACUGACCAGGGCCGAUCCUGCUUAGUUUCUAAGAUCAACUGGAAUCUCGUGCCUUUAGAGUGCUAUCAAAAUGCAAUACUGUAACCAGUAUAUUAUAACACUAGCAAACACUAGAGGGCAACAUUAUAUCAGGAAGUAUUGAAUUUCUGUACUGUUUAGAAGACUGUCCAUCAUUUAAGAACUUCAGAAUAAUAGAACUGAGAUAACUAAUAGCCAGAGUUUGACAAGAGCUCUCGUAUCAUUUGUGAACAUUUGAAAGCCAUAGCAAGAGUACAGUUGAAACAAGCUAUUUAAGUCAUCUUGUGUGAUUUAUUUCAUUUGAAUUUCUAUUGGAACAGUAAAGUCCAGCAACACUCUGAAAUAAAGAUAAAGACUGUAUUAUCCUCUA